GCGGCGGCGCCCGUGUCCGCGGCGGAGCUGCCGGCGCAGGGGCGCGACCUGCUGCUGGGCGCGCUCUCGAACGGCAGCACUGGUGCGGCGGCGCCCGCCAGCAGCAGCGCCGCCAGCAACGCCCACACGAACCUGGACGACCUGCUCAUGGACUCGUCCGCGGCCUCGACGCCCGCCGCCAUCACGCACGAGGUGCACUGGGAGGGCUACGUGCGCAAGAAGGGCGACUGGCUGCCGCGCUGGGAGGAGCGCUACCUGAUCCUGGACGGCGCCACGCUCACGUACUACAACUCGAAGGAGGAGGCCCGCAGCGCGCGCAACCUGCGCGGCCGCAUGAUCAUCAGCAAGGUGCGGCCCGAGAACUACGGCAAGGCGCACGGCUUCCUGCUGGAGACGCAGGGCCACAAGCACUUCCACCUGUGCUGCUCCACGGAGCUCGAGAAGGACAUGUGGGUCGAGAUGAUGCAGGCCGCCAUCGAGGAGGGCGUGCGCCACGGCGCGCACAGCCGCGUGUCCAUGGAGGGCAUGGAGGCACUGCAGAUGCAGGCGUCCCCCACGCAGGUGGACCUGCGCGGCUUCUACUUCGCCUUCCGCCAGCUGCUCAUCUCGCACUCGUCGUCGCCGCAGUUCUUCCCCAAGCUGUCGCGCGACGUGGUGCUCACGUCCAACUACGCGCCCACGGUGCCCUUCUGGGGCGAGUACCACGGCCUCGACGGCGUGCUGCACUUCUUCUCCAUCCUCUACGAGACGGUGGAGAUCACGGCCUUCUUUGUCACGGACAUCGCCCAGGCCAAGGAGGGCUGCACGGCCGUCGUGGCCGGCAGGGAGACCAUGAAGAACAGAGACAACGGCCGCAAGUUCACGCAGCAGUGGCAGCACACGAUCGAGUUCGCGCCCGACGGCCGCGUCAAGAGCCUCACCAUCUCGGCAGACCCUAUCGCGGCCUCGGCCGUCUUCGGCUGCAGCGCCACGUCCAGUCUGUCGCUGCCCAUGGCCGCGGUGGUGGGCAACACGGUGCACGACAACCCGCCCGGACGGCUGCACGUCGUCGUCUUCCGCGGCGAACAGAUCUCGGACCAAGGCUUCAUCGACGACGAAGAGCAGACAGACGAAUCCGAGGCGGACGACGAGAAGCGCCCGUCCAACCGACGGGUGUUCCUGGGAAUGCGCCUGGUUACGGACGGCAAGACCAAUGUGUACGCGCCGACGUCUUCCUCGAACUGCGUGGCGAGGACGCGCAUGUGCGACCCCGAUGAGGCGCGGAACCCCAAGUGGAACUCGAAGCACGAGAUCUCGUUUGCUGGAUCUUCACGAGGCAAGCCCUGCUUCAUCCUGAUUGAAGCGUGGGAGGUUGUGGACAGCGACAGUGGCACGGCCAAGGCCUCGGAGCGUGUUAUUGGUGUGGCCAAGGUCAACCUUGCUCCUUUCCUGGCGCUGGCCAGUACGUCGCGCACGGUCCGGGAGAGUGUUAUCCACUCGGACAUUGCUCGUGGUGCUGUGCCCCAAUGGUACACGCUGCUGUCUGCGAAUGAAACCAAGUUUACGUGUGGACGCGUGCAGCUCAGCAUUAGCUUUGAGGCUUCCAUGGCCUCUUUCGCUGCCAUGUCGCGUUCUAACCUUGCCAGCGCGUCGAGAAAUGGCAUCGAUGAAGAACCACCCAGUUUGGACCCCAACGCGCCAACACCGCAGGUUCGUCCGUCUGGAGCGGUGGUUCAGUCAAUGAGUCAUCGCGUCGCUUUGGCUCGUGGCUGCUCCUUCCGCGAUACGAAGCGGAACAACCACCAAUUCCGAGUAGGCAACACGAACUUUGAUGUCCCCAAGCGCUAUCAGAUGAUCAAGGCUGUGGGGCAAGGCGCAUACGGCUGUGUGAUUGCUGCUAGCGACAUGGAGACGGGCCAAGCUCUAGCCAUCAAAAACAUCCCGAACGCCUUCAACGACCUCAUUGACGCAAAGCGUAUUCUACGUGAGAUUCGACUGAUGCGUCACCUGAAUCACCCGAACUUGGUAAAUCUGCUGGACCUGCUGCGACCGCCUACACUACAAGAGUUCAACGAUGUUUAUAUCGUGACGGACCUCAUGGAAACUGAUCUCCACCGUGUGAUUCACUCGAACCAGUCGAUUAGCGAUGACCACGUGCAGUACUUCCUGUAUCAGAUGCUGGUGGCUAUCCACUACGUGCAUUCUGCCGAGGUGCUACACCGCGACUUGAAGCCGUCAAACAUUUUGGUGAACUCGGACUGCGAUUUGAAGCUAUGCGACUUUGGUCUCGCUCGCGGUAUCCAGGGUAUGGACUCGGGCCUAACGGAGUACGUGGUCACCCGAUGGUACCGCGCCCCAGAGCUGCUGCUCUCGUCCAAGUACGACAAGCAAAUGGAUGUGUGGGCCAUUGGCUGCAUUCUGGCCGAGAUGCUAGGACGGCGCCCGCUUUUCCCUGGUCACGACUACUUGCACCAGCUGAAGAUUAUUAUGGACGUUGUGGGCUCGCCGUCAGAGGACUCGCUGGAUUUCAUCACCAACCCCAAGGCGAAGCGAUUUAUUCUGCGUCAACCCAAGAAACCGAAGGUACCUCUCUCAUCGGUGUACCCCCGCGCUACGCCGCAGUGUCUCGAUUUGCUGGAGAAGAUGCUGGUGUUCGAUCCUCGUAAGCGUAUCACCAUUGCGGAAGCGCUGGAGCACCCGUACCUGAGCCUCGUGCGUGAUCGAUCAUUGGAGAAGACGUGCCCAACUCCGUUCGACUUCGCGUUUGAGAACACUGAUCUGACUAAGCAGAAGCUGCAGGAACUCAUCUUUGAGGAUGUCUGUGCGUUCCACCCAGAUGCACGCAUCCCUGACCCGGUGGUUCCGGUUGCUUCAACUGCCAGUCGAGCUCAUGGUUUCUCAAGGGCUGAUUCCACCUUGGCGCCAGUUUCCGACAAAUCCAAUGUCUCCGUCACGGCUGCCCCUAUCGCUGCGUCUGCGGUAGCCGCUUCGGUGGCCGUACCACCGGCGCCGGUUUCCCUCGUAGCACCCGGAAGCCUACCGCCUCCAGUUCAGAAGGUUGAUGCGGACUCUCAGCAGCCCCAAGUCCAAGCUAGACCUUCGCCAGUCGUAUUACUGCCCCCGAAUUCGGUUUCUAUCCAUGAAGCUCGGCCAUCUGAGACGCCUGUAGACGCGGUGGCCUCCCCAACAACCCCAGAGACCGUGUCUCCGUCGGUCCCUGAAAGUGCACCGACAACAGUGCCUGCUUUUAUGCCACCGAUGCCGACAGUAUCGGUUGCGCCUUUGGAGCAAGUGCCAGCUUCAGCGCCUGAGCACGAACGAAGUGCCCAGGCAGAAGUUGCGAUCGAGAUCAUGCAGACGCCUGCCCACACAACUGUGGUGGCGGUUGAGGAAGCAGCAGAAGAGGUGUCUCUCGACGAUAUUGGCAGCACCCCCAUUCACAAUGUAUCAGUAGCAGAAGCUGCCGCCACUGUCGAGGAGAACGGUGCGACCGACCUGGACGCACCGAACAGCACAAGCACUAGCAGUAGCGGCAGCGACGGUGAGGAUGAUCUCGCAAAUGCCCAGGAGACCGAUCGCGAGAUCGAUCUGUCGAGUUCGCCGAAGAAGCAGGUGAUGCAGCAACCCAAGGCGGUUCUUACACCAUCGUCGUUGGUGUGAGCGCCCAAGUCCAAGAGGUGAAGCCUGCCGCCGUGGCCACGUCGAGAGCGUUGCUCUCGAGUCAUCCAUCCCUGGCCACUACUGCACGGAACAAGCGCGAGCUGCGGGUUGUUUUCACCACACGCGCGCCUCCGUAUACGCACGAGUUGGGAUCCGACGUUCGGGCUUGAAGACGAUGUGCUAAGACAACGAGCGCAUGCUCGACGAGGGCGAUGAGAAGCCCGAGUGAAGUUGCCACUGAAUAAACUGAAAAGAAUGCUUGCGCGAUUG